AAACUCCUCCUCGGAGGCUCUUCUCCACCCCCUUUGGCCCCUGCCCUUGGAGAAAGUGGAGUGUGGCGCUCGGGUUGCUGUUAUUUCUCAGGACUGCCUGGCGGUGGCCGGAUUCUGCCUCUUGCCCGGCGGGGCUCUCUGCUGUUCGCGUGUCUCUUGGUGGCUUUCCCCUUCCCCGCACACCUCUGCCGACGAUGAGGAAAGGUCUGCGGGCGACAGCGGCCCGCUGCGGACUGGGACUAGGAUACUUGCUGCAGAUGCUUGUGUUACCUGCCCUGGCCCUGCUCAGCGCCAGUGGCACCGGUUCGGCCGCUCAAGAUGAUGACUUUUUUCAUGAACUACCAGAAACCUUUCCAUCUGACCCACCUGAGCCAUUGCCACACUUCCUCAUUGAGCCUGAAGAAGCUUACAUUGUGAAAAACAAGCCUGUGAACCUGUACUGUAAAGCAAGCCCUGCCACCCAGAUCUACUUCAAGUGUAACAGUGAAUGGGUUCAUCAGAAGGACCACGUAGUAGAUGAGAGGGUAGACGAAACCUCUGGUCUCAUUGUGAGGGAAGUGAGCAUUGAGAUUUCACGCCAGCAAGUAGAGGAACUGUUUGGGCCCGAAGAUUACUGGUGCCAGUGUGUGGCCUGGAGUUCAGCAGGCACUACGAAGAGUCGGAAGGCAUAUGUGCGCAUUGCCUAUCUACGGAAGACAUUUGAGCAGGAACCCUUGGGAAAGGAAGUGUCUCUGGACCAGGAAGUCUUGCUCCAGUGUCGGCCACCUGAAGGGAUCCCAGUGGCUGAGGUGGAGUGGCUAAAGAACGAAGACAUCAUUGAUCCUGAAGAAGAUCGGAAUUUUUAUAUUACUAUCGAUCACAACCUGAUCAUCAAGCAGGCCCGGCUCUCCGAUACAGCAAAUUAUACCUGUGUUGCCAAAAAUAUUGUUGCCAAGAGGAAAAGCACCACAGCCACUGUUAUCGUGUAUGUUAACGGUGGCUGGUCUACUUGGACAGAAUGGUCUGUGUGUAACAGCCGUUGUGGACGAGGAUAUCAGAAACGUACGAGAACCUGCACCAACCCAGCCCCACUCAAUGGUGGAGCCUUCUGUGAGGGGCAGAGUGUGCAGAAAUUAGCAUGUACUACGUUGUGCCCAGUGGAUGGCAGGUGGACAUCAUGGAGUAAAUGGUCAACCUGUGGGACUGAAUGCACCCAUUGGCGCAGGAGAGAGUGUACAGCACCCGCUCCCAAGAAUGGGGGCAAGGACUGCGAUGGCCUGGUCCUGCAAUCCAAGAACUGCACUGAUGGGCUGUGCAUGCAGGGAUUCAUUUACCCCAUUUCAACUGAACACAGAACCCAGAAUGAAUAUGGAUUUUCUUCUGCUCCUGACUCUGAUGAUGUGGCGCUGUACGUCGGGAUUGUGAUAGCUGUCACCGUUUGUCUGGCGAUCACUGUUGUGGUGGCCCUGUUCGUCUACCGGAAGAACCACCGUGACUUUGAGUCUGACAUCAUUGAUUCCUCAGCACUCAAUGGCGGCUUUCAGCCUGUGAACAUCAAGGCUGCCAGACAAGAUCUCCUGGCAGUGCCCCCGGACCUCACGUCAGCUGCAGCCAUGUACAGGGGACCUGUCUAUGCUCUGCACGAUGUCUCAGACAAAAUCCCAAUGACCAAUUCUCCAAUUCUCGACCCACUGCCCAACUUGAAAAUCAAAGUAUAUAACACCUCAGGUGCCGUCACUCCUCAGGAUGACCUCUCUGAGUUCACCUCCAAGCUGUCGCCCCAGAUGACCCAAUCCUUGCUAGAGAACGAGGCUCUUAACCUGAAGAAUCAGAGUCUUGCGAGACAGACUGACCCAUCCUGCACAGCGUUUGGUACCUUCAACUCACUUGGGGGUCACCUCAUCAUUCCUAACUCAGGAGUAAGCUUGCUGAUUCCCGCUGGGGCCAUUCCCCAAGGGAGAGUCUACGAAAUGUAUGUAACUGUACACAGGAAAGAAAAUAUGAGGCCCCCCAUGGAAGACUCUCAGACCCUACUGACCCCUGUGGUGAGCUGUGGGCCUUCAGGAGCUCUGUUGACCCGCCCCGUCAUCCUCACUCUGCAUCACUGUGCAGACCCCAACACUGAAGACUGGAAGAUCCAGCUCAAGACCCAGGCAGUGCAGGGGCAAUGGGAGGAUGUGGUGGUGGUGGGAGAAGAAAACUUCACAACUCCCUGCUACAUUCAGCUGGAUGCAGAGGCUUGCCACAUCCUCACAGAGAACCUCAGCACCUAUGCCCUGGUUGGGCAGUCUACCACCAAAGCAGCAGCCAAGCGCCUGAAACUGGCCAUCUUUGGCCCCCUCUGCUGUUCUUCCCUGGAGUACAGCAUUAGAGUUUACUGUCUGGAUGACACACAGGACGCCCUAAAGGAAGUUCUACAGCUGGAGAGGCAGAUGGGAGGACAGCUCCUAGAAGAACCCAAGGCUCUACAUUUUAAAGGCAGCAUCCACAACCUGCGCCUGUCGAUUCAUGACAUCGCCCAUUCCCUAUGGAAGAGCAAGUUGCUGGCUAAGUAUCAGGAAAUUCCAUUUUACCACAUCUGGAGUGGCUCACAAAGAAACCUCCACUGCACCUUCACCCUGGAAAGACUCAGCCUGAACACAGUGGAGCUGGUUUGCAAACUCUGUGUGAGGCAGGUGGAAGGAGAAGGGCAGAUCUUCCAGCUCAACUGCACUGUGUCAGAGGAACCUACUGGCAUCGAUUUGCCUCUGCUGGAUCCUGCAAGCACCAUCACCACUGUCACAGGACCAAGUGCUUUCAGCAUCCCUCUCCCUAUCCGGCAGAAGCUGUGCAGCAGCCUGGAUGCCCCCCAGACAAGAGGCCAUGACUGGAGGAUGCUGGCCCAUAAACUCAACCUGGACAGGUACUUGAAUUACUUUGCCACCAAAUCAAGCCCAACUGGUGUGAUCCUGGAUCUCUGGGAAGCACAAAACUUCCCAGACGGAAACCUGAGCAUGCUGGCAGCUGUCCUGGAAGAAAUGGGAAGACAUGAAACAGUAGUGUCCUUAGCAGCAGAAGGGCAGUAUUGACCGGCCAUACUGGAAUUGAGGGACAAAAUUACACACAGGGAGUCUGUGUCCAGGGGAACCACAGCUGAGGAGGAAAUCCAGAUGGGACUAAGGCACUUUUCAGGCAAGAUGACAGCAGGAAAGGUGGGGGACAGACACAACCACCAAGGUACACGCCCACUUCAUUCGGACAGCACCACCACGGGAGUUAAGAAAAAUUGUGUACAUUUGUACCUUGAAUUUAGAAGUCAAUCUAAUUUUCUCUUCGUUGGGCUGUAUGCUGUAUGGUACAGGAUCUUACAGUUUCCUAGGAAACGCUUUUUAUUGCUAUCCAGAUGUAUGGAUAAACUUUCUUAACAAACCCAGUUUCUACAAACGUUGUUUACAUCAAAUUGGACAGGGAUGCAGACACUGUCCAUGGCUUGUUCUAUUUUUGUUCCAAUCAUUUGAAGUUGAAGCUGUGGACGGUUUGUUGAGUCUAUUUCAGAUUAGUAAUUUACAGAGAAAUCACAGACUUUUGCUACAAAUCGUGUACACCAAGUGUCUCAGAUAACCCCCCCAUCAGUGUUCUGUUUCUGAAACUUGUCAGACCAGUGUUGGCAUUUGUAUCAGGGAAGUGGAGAAUCUAAAAGGAGAAAUGACUAAGAUUCCUUAUGGCAUAGGGUAACCCAAUUGGCUUCCUUUGGGAACAGAGCUGUAGCAUUGCAGGGAAGAGAGUGAGCAUGUUCCUCCACGCAAACAUCAGUACCACAUGUGUUUGUAAUAUGCAAUUUCAAGUGUUUUUUUUUAAAAUAUUAUCAUUAUUAUUGAUGAUUAUUACAAAUAUUCUAGUAAAAAGUUUUUCUUUUGUUUUAGUUAGCAGUACUGUUAGUAUUUGGUAUUGACUAGACCUGUCUCCCUUUCUUGCUUAAAGAGGUGGGCGUGGUCACCAGUUUAGUUCAAUAGGCUUUGCUUCCUUGACCUUUGAUACAGAGACUGAAAUGUUCGCUGGCUGUCUGCUUUUGCAGCGUGUUCAGGCAGUCUUUCCAUUCUGAGUCUUAUCGUGAGGAGGGUUCUCUAUGUAAAGCUCAUUUAAUCUUGCGGCUGUCUAUUAUCUGAGAGACAGUGUGGUUUGUGGGCAAUAGUUUCUGAACUAGGAAUCAGGAAACCAAUUAUCAUUCUGGAGUUGGUCACUGUCUGACUGUGUGACCUUGGGGAAAACAUUAGAACUCACCGUAGCUCAUUAUUUAACUGUAAACCAUGGGGUGAGAUCUGAUCAUCUCAAGAUUCCAGAAUGCUAAACUCCCAUUGUGAUGUCAUCAAUCUUAUUCAUCAGUUUGAAGAUUAUUAGAAAUUCUGGCUUGGACCAUUCAUUUCCCUCCAGCCUUUUGCUGGAAUACAUUGCAUCUUCAGACAGUAUUAACUUGAGAGGGGAUUACUUCAACCUGCAUAUAUUUGGUUCUUUGUAUCAUGGUUGCAUGUUGCUGUUCACUGAGAGAUGGCAUCCUUUUAUUAUCAUUGUCUUGUGCUCUGGAGGAAGGAGAGCUACACCCAACCUUCCAAAUAUUUGUGAAUCUACUUCACUCAUUUAUUGACUUCUGGAUCUCAAGGCCAUUUCUACAAAGCACCCAUGCAGCUGAAGGAAUUGGUACAGUUUCUCUUCCAUCAUUGAUCUUUAAUAAUAUUCAGUUGUAUAGAGUUUAAUUAGCUCUUUUAUCCUCAGACAGUUAGUUGUACAAACUAUGAGUUUUCCUUGGAACCAUCAUGAACUUCAUUUGGCAGAUGGAGAUUGAAAACUUAGCAGCCCCAGUCACAGUUAGCCAAACAGGGAGCACCCAUGUCCUUAAAUCAGAGCCUCCAAAAUAUGGUUAUGGCUUGCUUUGGGGCUGGAAGUAUCUAAUAUGCAAAAUGGAAUCCAGUUAGAACUCAUUUUGCCCAUUUCCUCUCCUAUUUCUGUUACUUCUUGAUAUUCUCUGACUCUUCCGUCUUAGUUAUUAAAAAUCUGUGGAUACGGUUGUGGAGGCUCUUUCAUUCGUGCUUUUUAUCCUCUCUUUUGGAUAUGCAUUCUACAUUCUCAUUCUUUAACCAUUAAAAUAUUUAUAUGUACAAAUACUGGUCCAAGGGGAAUACUGUGCUCCUAAGCAAGCUCACUGACUGAUGUCUAUAGCAAUGAGCUGGUUCUAACUUUUAAGAAUUUAGACAGAUACGCUUAAAAAACAAGAUGAAAGAGCUGAGCACCGCUGCCACUUGAAACAAAUGUGAAGAUUCCUCUUUAGUAUUGGGAUUUGGGAAUCAUGAUAGAAAUCAAAACCUACAGGUGUGUUCUGGAUGUUUUGUAUAACGGCAAAGCUUUAGUAAGAAAUGGAGAGGAGCGAAUGUGUUACUCUUCUGGUUAAUCUAUCCUAAAAACUGCUAAGUCACCAAGAGAAAUAUUAAAUACGACCAGAGUGGCACUGUGGAAGCGUUUGAGGGUCCUCCUGUUUAAGCAUCUGGAGAUACUUGUAUUUUUAUUCUAUCUCCCCCAACAGGAAUAGGAAGAAUGAGUGAUCUCUUAAUGAGGUACUCAUUUGUUAUAAAACUACUUUCUGUCAUGUGAAUGACAGUUUCCAAACUAGAAAAUACCACAUCAAAUAUGUACACUAUUUUCCUUUGGAGGAAAGUAAUGGUUGUCACAUCACUGCUCUCCAGCACACAAGGUUCACCUGCCACAGUUCAUCUCAGAAGGAACAUGAUCAUCACCUCUAUGGCAUGCCCGGCUUCCACACAGCCUUGAAGAAAGCUGUGCUUGAUGAUUGUGGGUAGAAAAACUAAUCCUUUGUGUAUGGUGCCAUCUAGUGGCCCACAGCAUAGUUACUCAGUUUUACAUACAGCAUACUAAAAGUUAACAGAGAGUAAGUACCUCUUUGAGUUUGGCAAAAGAUUCGUGACAAAUAGACAUAGGGAAUUUUUCCUUUCAAGUGUGUAACUUCUUCAUUCAAUAUCCAUUCAGUUAAGUCACCCAUUUCAAAAUUUUAUGAGUACAGAACAUCAUCUACUUGCUCAUAUACAUCUUAAGUUAAUUUCCUGUAAUAUAUUCAAAAUCUAUAUGAGUUUUUGAACAUUGUUUUUUAUUUAAGAAUCCCAUUGAGCUUUUCGUAUUUAAAAUCUUUUAAUUCCAAAAUACUAACUUUUAGAAGUAUGAACUGUGUUCAUUGAGGAGAUGCCCCCACCCCACAGCUACACACAUAUACUCAAACACAUGGCAUCUCCUUGGGAGUUUUGUUGAUUUAUUAUUUUGAGAUAUAGUCUCACUAGGCAUCCCAGGAUAUCCUCAAAUCCAUGAUACUAUUUUCAUAGGUAAUCUUUUAAGCAUCUACCAUUGCACCCGCUUUAAAAAUCUUAAAAAGAAGAAUGAUCAUGCUGAUCUCUUCUGAGAUCAGGAAUGUAACAUGAGAGGCUUCAUGUUCUCAUACUUUCCUUCUCACAACAUUAGCUCCAGUUGACUUGAGAGCUGCAUACAUGGUGAUGAUAAGCAUGUGUCAAGGAACUCACAGCCACACAUCUUCAAAGCAGACACAUGAUCUCUGCUAUCCAAAGAAUCCAUCAUCACCUGAGCAAAUUAAUCUCUUCAAGGAAAGAAUACUUUGUGGGAUGAGAGGUCCAGGACCAAACUGUAUUAUUAGCUAUUUUCAUAUAUGCUAUAAUUCUAUAGUUUUUAAUCAUUCUACUAUAAAAGAGUGGAGACUUUUUUUUAGGGAAAGUCACAAUGACUACAUUUAGGCCCCUCUAGAUUUCUAGAGUCCAGAUGCUAGACAUUCAAUGGUUUUAAAGACAUUUUUCUAAAAUAAGUUGAAAAAGGAACAUUCGGAGGUGGGAUCUAGACAUGUCACUUCUGGAGAAAAGCAGGCAGGCUCUUGUCUUACAUCUUGGCGUGUCUCUGUUGGACCUGGCAGCUGUGCUCGUGGGCCCCUCACACCUCCACAGUCACAGGACGAAGGGGACUUACAAGGACAAUGUCCUGUCCCUGAAUCCACACGUCCACACAGUCCAUGCUCUGGGGCUAAUCAAUGUAGAAACCAAGAAGGAUGUUGGAGAGUAUGUGAUGAAAAUAGGAAAGGUUUACUUGUUCCAAGUCAAGAUGAACACAAAUUUGACCUGAGCAAUCGCUCCAGACAAGCAAUCCAUUUAGAAGGCAAUGUCGGUGUAAGUCCAAGGCCAGUGGAGGACUACAGAAACAUGAUGGGGGCGGAACUAGGUUUGAGACAUCUUUUUUGAAAAGCUUGGCAAAUCUUCUAGAACAUCACUGUUCAAACCAGUCAUUUGUAAUGAUGACAACAACCAAUGAGCAUCUUAUUUUAUAGAUCCAAAAGGAAAACUAUUUUUAUUAUUAUCUCGUUAAUAAAACUGGUUUUGCCUUCCGAGUGCCUCGUGGGACCAACUACGUUAUUCCUUUGGUUUUGUAUUGCUUUUGUAUUUUUAAAGCAUACUGAGCUGACAUUGACUGAAACUCUUCUAACUUCCCUUCUGUGCAAUGAAAUGCUGUUUCUCUGCCCCCAAGAGAUGCGUUUGUGUCACCUCUGCUUACACUGAUCACUUGACAGUUCCCCAGCAAUUAUUUUUUUUUUAUGAAAUUGGGACUAUGGGGAAUAUACACAUCAUAACCAAUACUAAUUGGUUAAGUUCAUGUUCAUAUAGGCUAAAUAAGCCACAUGAAGUCAUAACUGUUUCCAAAAAGCUGACAGCUAGGCUCACUGCUUUGUAAGAGUGGAGACAGCCUGCAUGUGCCUGGGUGGAGUAUCUCUUCAGAUAAUGCAGCUAUGGAUCCUUUGGUAUUAUUGGCCACUGCCCUUGUUUCUGAAAACUUACUGCCAUAGUCUUCAGAACGUUCAUUGGGCUUGACGGCUUUCUUUAUUGAGCUGUGGUGGGAUAGUAAUGGGCUCCUUCAACCAAUAGUAUUUUCUGUCAGAGGCCUAUUUAAGUGUGAUUGGGGAAGUAUCCUCAGGACAAACAAACACAGUCCAUAAACAUAAAAGCAGGCAAACCCAAUGAGAGGCUACCUGCAAUUCUUCAGUCUAGUCAAGUGUAUAUACUAAAGCGAACUGUCCCAAGACCAUCCAGAAUCCUAAACUGGAAGUACUUGCCAUAUAUCAGUACAGUCAUGGCCCAACCCACUAGUUGUUCAAUGGAAAACCAGGGAGUGUAUGAAAUACAAUCAACUGUCCACCAGUCAUGCUGUUUGCUAUGGUAUACCAGCUUUUUUUUUUAUAUGAUUUGAGAAGUUUUGCUAUGGCAGAAUCAUAAAUUGCCCGCAACAGUGCUGUUGGGCCAUUUUACAUUAGCCUAAACCAUGUGUCAUCUUUCUAUAUCAAAGGCCUAAUGCCAUGGAGCCUGAUGACACCCAGCAGUGGUGACUGUGAACUGUGGGCUGGUUGUACUGAUCAGCAGCCUAAGGGUGAUGAGCUCUUGGCCUUUGAUCUUCACUCAGCACUAUGAAGCCGCAACAUCAAAGCAUCAUGAUGAGCUGUAUGUUAAACCAGUUUUAAGGCAGCAUACAAAACAAGAAAUCCACAGCCAGUAGAAAGAAAACGCCUUUGCUGGUUUUGUGUUUCUGCAGUCAUUAUUAGGACCUGUAACUGUAUACAUAUGGACUUUCAUAUUUUCCUUCAGAUCUUGGAAAAGAAAGAGGAGCCAGUUGAACACAAGACUUGUAUGUCUUCUUUCACUUUUUCCUAGAUCUACUAUGGGUAGCAAUGCCCUCAACCUCCAGUCAAUGUGUUUAGCCAAGUUGCAGGGAACAUCAUCACUGUGUGUGUGUGCAUUUUGUGUGUGUUGGGUAUCACAGUGUUGUAUGUAUUGAGCUUAAUGUUGAGCUGGAGGGAACCAGUAACCUUCCUCUUUGUUCUAAAGAUGAAAACCAAUAUUCAUCAGAAAACAAUCCCCAGCUCUCUGAUAAAGACAGUAGGGUCACCUACUGUCUUCUUUCAACCAGCUCAACUCCAUAAGUAUCAGGUUAAAAGUUUAUGCUUUGUCUGUUUUUUCCUUUUUUAGCAAAAACAACACAACCUUGGCUUCUCAGAUAUGGAACAUUUCUUUGUUAUAGAAUUCUGUCUUGCUGUAUCUUCUAUGCAAUUCCUUUUCUAAUGACCCCUGGUGGCAAAGGAGUGCUCUCCAGCAUUCCGCUCAUCGCCUUGCUGUGCGGUGGAGGUGAGGGAUACCAGCGUUGGGUGUGCCUCUUUUCUCUCCCCAGUUGCCUCACCCAAUUUUCCUGCAGUCCCCUUGGUUUGUAAAUUGCCUGCAUUUAUUCUGUCAGCCAACAUGUACAAAAUGUAAGAAAGAAUUUUUAAACAGGUAAUAAAUUAUA